UGACUGUUACGCUGGAGGAAGGUAUUCCCUGGACAGUCCUAGAGGCAGAAGCGCUGUAUUUCUACAGCUGAUUGCUUUGGUGCUGCACCUCUCUGUCCUGCUGCGAUGAGUGGGAAGUCCUUGCUUUUAAAGGUCAUUCUCCUUGGGGAUGGUGGAGUUGGGAAAAGUUCCCUCAUGAACCGGUACGUCACCAACAAGUUUGACUCGCAGGCUUUCCACACGAUUGGCGUGGAGUUCCUAAACCGGGACCUGGAGGUGGAUGGACGCUUUGUCACCCUCCAGAUUUGGGACACUGCGGGACAGGAGAGAUUCAAGAGCCUGCGAACCCCCUUUUACAGGGGAGCAGACUGCUGCCUGCUGACCUUCAGCGUGGAUGACCGGCAGAGCUUCGAGAACCUCAGUAACUGGCAGAAGGAGUUUGUCUAUUAUGCUGACGUGAAGGACCCCGAACACUUCCCGUUUGUCGUCCUGGGCAACAAGAUAGACAAACUUGAGAGACAAGUGAGCACAGAGGAGGCCCAGGCCUGGUGCAUGGAAAACGGGAACUAUCCAUAUCUGGAGACUAGUGCCAAGGAUGACACCAACGUGGCGGUGGCCUUUGAGGAGGCUGUGCGACAGGUGCUGGCGGUAGAGGAGCAGCUAGAGCACUGCAUGCUGGGCCACACCAUUGACCUGCAAUCCAGCUCCAAAUCCGGCUCUUCCUGUUGUUAAGAGCGGCUGCUGCUUCGGGAACAUCGCUUGAGCUGACGGAAUAAGCACGGGCAGCUCUGGGGCACUCUGAGGAGAAUGGCCACAAGGACAAUAGGUGGUUUGAUCACUGGGGAGUUGCAGCCUCACCAUCUGAAUUCUGCCUGGAGUUCGAGCACGGAGCACGUAUCUGCAGGAGGGAGCUGAUGAAAGAACAUGUGAGCAUAGUCCUGCUUCCAUCUCUGCCUGUUUUAGCAGGUUUAAAGGACUGGGUUCAAGUCCUUU